AUGGUUAAGCGGUUCGCUGACCCGUUGCAAGAAGAGCAGGCGUUGAGUGCGAUUAAAGCUUUUCAACAGAACAGAGGAGAGCAUAUUCGGCCAUAUGGUGAUCGUUUGCAAGCCUUGGCAAUGCAGGCGAUGACCGAGACUGGUGCGGAUGCGAGCAUAUCAGUCGGUCCGAAGCAAGGCGUCUGCCAGGUCACGCAGUCUAAAAACUAUGUGGUCUUGGACGUCGCGAGCAAGGUGAAGAUAGCGCACCACCUGGCGCUGCAGUUCCCCACAGAUGGCGCCACGGUUGACGCGAUGGAGGUCGCGAUCGCGUUGGUGGACGGGUCGACGGCGCGUGUCCAGCCGGCGGAGAUGGAGACGCUUCGUCGCGUGACGGUGGCGUCGCAGGCGUACAGGGAACGGCAGCGCUCCAUACAGCUGUCGUCAGAGAAGGACGAUGUCCAGCAACUCGCCUCGUGCCGCGACGCCGCGCGUCUCGACUACCACGCCGCGCUCUGUCUCUUCGUCGACGACGUCGCCCGCCUGCCGCUUGACCGUCGCCACGGCGACCUGCGGGAGGCAACGUCGCUGCUGGAGACGACCCACGCUCGGCACCUAGGCGACGAGACGGCGAUCCAGGAGGCGCUACCGGUCGCGCUCGACGCGUACGCGCGGUGGAAGGAGUGCGAGGUGACGGAGGUUAGAACUGCUAGGGCUGAGACGAUCGCAGCCCACGCACAACUCCAGGGGGCGCUGGAAGCAGUACAGACGUGCCUGUCGCCAGGGGGCGCCACCAUGGAGGGCUGCGAGAUGCCCGCCGACCCUCACGUGAUGCUGGGAAACUAUGGCGUUGCUCUGCAGAUGGAGAUCAAGAAAGCAGACAUAGUGAACGGGGCGGGCGGCUCGAUCGUGGCUUCUCUCUCUGCGCUGCUCCACCGCGAGCUGACGAUGGAGCUCGCGGCGAUCGAGAAGCUGCGCACGCUCAGCGGCGAGUGUGCAGACGUCGCCGACUCCCUGAAGCCGUGGCUGCAGGAGCGUCCGGACCUCGCAUCGUUCCACGGCGCGCGCCGCGUCGUUAAGUCCCUUAAGUUGCGGCUUCGCUACAAGCUCGCCGACCUGCAGUACAUGGAGGAGGAGGAGGGAGAGCCGGCGAGAGGGGAGGAGCUGCGUCUCAUCGCGCACCAGCUGGAGAAGAUCCGGGCAGAGCUUGACGUCGCCUUCUGCAGCGAGGACGCCGUACUGAUGGAGCUGGCGAGGCUCUCGCGCGACCAUUUCCCCGAGCUGAAGUUGGUUGGCGGCAACCUGCCCAACCUCGCGCAGUACUUGUGCUCGCAGGACAUCAAGGAGGAGGAGGAGAUGAGAGGGAGGCCGACGCGCGACGAGACGCUGCGACGUCGCUGCGGCGAGUUUGCGCACACUAUCGCUGAGGAUCUGACCGACCACCAGGUGGCGCUGUCGCUCAACAACCAGGCCGGAAAACCCGCCCGGCGCGCCGCUGAGUCACCUGCGAAGGAACCCUCGCGUGUAACGUGGGAGGCUUCUCUUUCUUCUGUGGAGGAAUCCACACCACGCACCACCGGGGACCCUCCUCUCUCUUCUGCGAAGGAGCCCUCCUCGUGCACCACCGGGGAACCUCCUCUCUCUCCUGCGGGAGAACCCACCUCGCAUGCCGCGGGGAAGGCUCCUCUCUCUCCCGCGGGGGAACCCUCCCCACGUGUCGCCAGCACACCACGAACUAAUACUCAAGGAACUAAUACUCGAGGGAGACCGCGUGGAGCGGGGCGGCCCCCCUCUCUCACCACGAAACCCGCUGCGGCGUCUCCUCUUCCUUUGCGCGCAGCGAGGUCUCCUCCUCUCCCUCCCACCGGAGGACCUCCUCCUUCGCCCGCCGUGCGAGUCUCUCCGGCUUCUCGACUCGCUCGCGGCGGGAAGGCGGCGCCCUCUAGUGUCGGGCGUCCGAGGCUCUCCGCGCCACGGGGGCGAUCGAGGCUUCUCUCCCGAACGCCUCCCCUUCCCCCUCCCCCUUCUCCCUCUCCUUCCUCUCCUCUUUCCGGCGUAAAUUCCCUCACUUCCCCUCGAUCUCGGUCCGGCAGCAGGAGGGAGGUCGUCCGCUCGAACGGAGAGGUCGUCGCCCCCGACGACGCGUGGCGACGGGAGGAUUCCGAGAGAGCGCCGCGGAAGAGGGAGAGGAGAUCCAAGUACUCACGUCCGCCGGUCGCCGCGGCGACGGCACAGGCCAGACGAUCGCCCCGGUCCGCCCCCAGCUGCUACGGGAACUCGCCGGGUGAGGUCGCCAGGUCAAAGGUCAAGGAUGGCGCGUUGCCGGCGCAGCAGGGACGGAAGAGGAGGGAGCCGUCAGAGAAGAGCUUGUCCGUGAAGAUUUGUCGGUGCGAUAAGUGAACAACUAAGACGUUCCUUCAAUAGGUGUGUGCAGCUUCCAGGAAAAGGCAGUAACG